CGGAAAUGUAUAAAAGUAACGUCUGGUUUAAAGCUAACUUAUUUAUUUCCGAAAGUUGUAUUCGUGCUGGCAUUUAAUUUCAGUAUCGUUUUUAAAAUCAUUUUAAAUGAAUAAAUGUGGUUCCAUUACUUUAAUGAUUACGAAAGCAUCCCAAAAGUAGGUUUAUUUUUGUUUAAGAGAGUUAGAGACAAUGGUGUGCUUCUCUUAAUGGCAUUUUCCCCGUGUUUAAAAGAGCUUUAACAAAUGCAGAAAUACUUCCUAUUUCUACACACUAUCCUCGAUUGGAGUUGUACAUGUAAGAGUCAUUGGCAGAAGGAUCUUUUGCACUGAUUUUGUUGCCUUAGCCAUCAAAGAAGGUGGAAUAUGGCUCAGGAUUUUCUCCCAGGCAUGGAGAGCUCUGCUAUCUCUGUCCUAAAGAGAGCUGUGGAGUUGGAUCAGAGCUCCCGCUUACAAGAGUCUCUGGUGUGCUACCAGGAGGGGAUCCAGCUCCUCCUAGAUGUACUGAAAGCUGUAAAAGAUGAAUCUAAGAAGGUCCACUACAGAGAGAAGAUCAAGGGCUAUAUGGACCGUGCAGAACAGAUUAAAGACCAUAUGAACAAGCUGAAGGAAGAGGGUAAAUACCAUGAGCAGGUUAAGAUCGCUGACAAUUCCACUGGUUUCAGUUAUGAAUCCCUCUUCAAACCAUACAUCAGAGAUGGGCUGACUGAAGUCUGGGUGGAAGACCCCUAUGUGCGGCAUGUCCAUCAGUUGUAUAAUUUUCUUCGCUUCUGUGAAAUGGUGUUGAAAGGUCCUUGUAAAGUAAAGACUAUCCACCUCCUUACCUCUAAGGAUGAGGAAAGAUCCUCUCAGCAAGUCAGUGCCCUGGCUGAAAUAAGGCAGUCACUACAGAGUGAAAAUGUUUGUUUGGAUAUUCAGUUCUCAUCUACUAUUCAUGAUAGAGAGAUCAGGUUUAAUAAUGGUUGGAUAAUUAAGAUCGGCAGAGGUCUUGAUUAUUUCAAGAAACCAAAGGGUCGAUUCUCCAUAGGAUACUGUGAUUAUGAUUUGAGAGAGUGUCAUGAGACUACCGUGGACAUUUUUCACACAAAACACACAAAAACGACAUAAGGCUGGCUUGAAAAGC